GCUGCUUCCUGAUUUUUUUUCUUUUUUUCUGUCAGGGUUAUCACUGCGCAACACUGUAACCCUCCGCCUUCUCUGCUUCUGCUGCGGAGACUGAAGUGACCAGACCGCUGUCCUUGCACACAGCUAGGCAAGAUCCUGCAACAUGUCUAUCCUGAAGAUCCAUGCUCGUGAGAUUUUCGACUCACGUGGAAACCCCACAGUUGAGGUUGAUCUCUAUACUAAGAAAGGUCUCUUCAGAGCUGCAGUGCCCAGCGGUGCUUCCACUGGCAUCUAUGAGGCCCUUGAGCUUCGUGACAAUGACAAGACGCGCUAUCUGGGCAAAGGUGUCUCUAAAGCUGUUGAGCAUAUCAAUAAAACAAUUGCACCUGCCCUGGUUAGCCAGGAUGUGUCUGUUUUGGAGCAGGAGAAGAUUGACAAGCUGAUGCUUGAUAUGGAUGGUACAGAUAACAAAUCUAAAUUUGGUGCAAAUGCCAUCCUGGGUGUGUCCCUGGCUGUGUGCAAGGCUGGUGCUGCAGAGAAGGGCGUCCCACUCUACCGCCACAUCGCUGACCUUGCUGGAAAUCCAGAGGUCAUCCUCCCAGUGCCUGCCUUCAACGUUAUCAACGGGGGCUCCCACGCUGGCAACAAGCUGGCCAUGCAGGAGUUCAUGAUCCUCCCAGUUGGAGCAAGCAACUUCAAAGAGGCCAUGCGCAUCGGUGCUGAGGUCUACCACAACCUGAAGAACGUCAUCAAGGAGAAAUACGGCAAAGACGCCACCAAUGUGGGAGACGAAGGUGGCUUCGCCCCCAACAUCCUGGAAAACAAAGAAGCUCUUGAGCUGCUGAAGACUGCCAUCAGCAAGGCUGGCUACACUGACAAGGUUGUCAUUGGCAUGGAUGUAGCAGCCUCCGAAUUUUACAAAGGUGGCAAAUAUGACCUGGACUUCAAGUCACCUGAUGAUCCCAGCCGUUACAUCAGCCACGACCAGCUGGCUGACCUCUACAAGAGCUUUGUGAAGGAUUAUCCUGUUGUCUCCAUUGAGGAUCCCUUUGACCAGGAUGACUGGGAAGCCUGGUCCAAGUUCACAGGCAGCACCAGUAUCCAGGUGGUGGGUGACGAUCUGACUGUGACCAACCCCAAACGCAUCGCUAAGGCCGUAUCUGAAAAGGCCUGCAACUGCCUGCUGCUGAAGGUCAACCAGAUCGGCUCUGUCACAGAGUCCCUCCAGGCCUGCAAGCUGGCUCAGUCCAGUGGCUGGGGUGUGAUGGUGAGCCACCGCUCUGGAGAGACCGAGGACACCUUCAUCGCUGAUCUGGUGGUUGGCCUCUGCACUGGCCAGAUUAAGACUGGCGCCCCCUGCAGGUCCGAGCGUCUGGCCAAGUACAAUCAGCUGCUCAGGAUUGAAGAGGAGCUUGGAGACAAGGCCCGCUUCGCUGGCCAGAACUUCAGGAGGCCCAUCUGAAGAGCAGGCCUUUCUCGGGCCACUGUUUACCAUACUCGCACUCCCACACAUUAAGCCACGUUAUAUCCCUCUCCAGAGCAGAAGAAUGCUGGAAAGGCAUUGAAAUUCAAGGUCCAAGUCUGUAGGCUAAGGCAUGAAUGUGUUUCUGUGCCAACGCCCAUCUUGCUAUGCUUUGGCACCCAAUUAAUAGCACUGGUCCUUUAAUUUUAUCUGUGUAUUGUGUGAUGUUUCAUUUGCUUCUUGUGUGUUGUAGUGAGUCUGGUCCUCUAUUUGUUCAGAGUUAAGUUGUUCAAACUUCUGCACUGUAUGUAGUGUAACGUAUUCUCAUUGUGUUGCUGUUCAAAAGCUGUAGUGCUACUGUAAAACAUGGCAUAACAAAUAAACUCAUGUGGAAGUGU